UACAUCGACUUGGCAAUUCAAGGUUGGGAAAUGCUGAUCAAAGUCAUCACGCCAGAUCACUCCGAAGCAUGGGGAGCUGUACACCAUUCACUCGGCAUGGCAUAUCAAGAACAGACCCAUGGCGAUCAGCAGAGAAACAACAUCAGAGCAAUUUUCCAUUUCAACUCUUCACUAUCAAUCUACACCAGGAGCAGAUUCCCUACUGAAAGCUAUCCCCACGACUGGGUGAAAGCGCAGCGACUUCUCGGCAUGCGGCUGCUCAUGAAACAAAGUGGAGAAAAGUUUCUGAAUAUUGAGAAUGCUAUCAAUCACCUCAAGGCGACCCUGGAGAUUUACCAGAUGUUGGGGGCAAUGCAGGACUGGGCGGAGGUACACAUAGCCAUAGCUGAUGCAUGGAUGCAAACGAUUUCUGCUGCAAGAUUGUUCCCAGGGUUCAACGCAUUACAGAACUACAAUGAGUCCCUCAGUGUUUAUCAUAAAUCAGCUCAUCCUAUCCGUUAUGCGGAGAUUAAUACCUACAUUGCUAACGUCUAUCAGACUCAGGUUGAAUCUAAAUCGCAGGAGAUGAUAGAAGAGGCGAUUGACCAUUUCAAUCAAUCACUCUCUUUCUUCCAGCAUAGGAACACAUCACAAGAUUACUUGGACGCCAAGAUUGGGCUGGGAACCGCCAUGUGCGAGAGAAUCUCGUCGUCACGUAGCAGCGACUUGGAAGCGGCCCUCUCCCACUUCAGCGACGCUCUGUCUGUCAUCAACAAAACGGUACACCCCAAGGAAUGGGCGAAGCUCAACUAUCAGAUGGCGGAAUGCUUCGUCUCAAGAAUCGAGGGGAACCGCACGCUCAACCUCGCCAGUGCCCGGGGACACUGCGAGAGUGCCCUGUCCUUCUUCACUAUAGAAACUUUCCCUGAGAUGUGGGCCCGGGCUCAGUGUACCCUGGGGUGGGUCCUGGCGAGCCAGCAGGGAGGAAAUCGAGGGGACUUGCUGGAACUUGCCAUCUCCCAUCAUUGGCAGGCGCUGCGAGUCUUCAGCCGCAAAGAUUUCCCGCAGCUUUGGGCAGCGACGCAUGUGCAUCUUGGGGAGGCCUACACGAACAGAGUGAAUGGAGAGAAGUCCAAGAACCUUGAGAUGGCGAUCGACAGCUGCAACCAGGCGCUGGAGGUGUACAGGAAGAACUCACAUCCUCUUGCAUGGGCCAGGGUACACGACAUCCUCGCCAAGGUUUACUUGAGCAGAGAUGGAGGAGUGAGAUCUGAGAACGUGGAGCACGCGAUCCGAUGCUGGAGGAAUGCGAUCAAGGUG